GUCUUUACGGUUGCACUGUUUCUCUAUUUAAUCUGGGAUUGAGUGAUUGUUAAUGUCAAUUUAGCACACAUCGUUUUCUGCGAAGAAAUUGGAUGUUUUGUAGCCUGUGUUUAAACUGGAAGUCGGUGUAAAGAAUGUCAACACCAUCUAACUCAAAUCAAAUACAAUCAAACAACAAUAUUAACGAUUAAAAAAGUGGACAACUUGCAAUUUGUAUAACAAGAAAUGCCUCCGAAGCCGAGACCGAAUAACAAAAAACCAGGAACAAGUAAGAAAAAUACAGGUCUAUCGAAGCAGGGGAAUUCUGUGAAGAAUUCUGUGAAGAAUUCUGAACAAAAAAAAGUAGAAACUACAAGUGGUUUAACACAGGAAGCCGAAGAUCAGUUUGAGCUAGAAUUAUGCUGGUGCAUUCAGCAGUUAGAAACGUCUCUAGCCGCUGGUAAACAUUCUGACAAACAGGCACAGGAUUUGAAUAAGAAUAUAAAUAUUUUAAAAAGCAGCACGGCACCAUUGAUAAAAAAAAGACAAGUAAUGCACAACACUUUAGGGAAUUACAGAGAGAAAAUGGCUUUGGACGUACAGAAGCAUGGCAGAACAUCAUCCUCUAUGAAAUUUGUAACAACAUGUGUGCAGAAUGAAAAAUGUAUGUUUGUUAAAAGGGCUAUAUGCAAAUCGACUAAAGAGAAGCAGAAUUUGGAUAAUAAAGUGAUGACUCCAAACAUGGAUGAUGAUUCUGUUGACUGUACACAGACUGCAUUUAAAUUUAAUUUUCAAAUUACAGAAUAA